CAGCAACCCUAAUUUCUUUCUUUUCGAUAGAUCCGCAUAAAAGUGACAAGAGCACAAACAAUAUGCAGCUUUUCGUACGUGGCUUGGAAACGAUUGAGGCUUUGGAGGUGUCCCAGGAUGCCAACAUUGCUGGCGUUAAAACUCAGUUCGCCCAGCUGCAUGGCUUCGAUGCCGCUGAGUUCAGCUUGAAUUGUGAGGGUGCCACACUAAGCGAUGACACACCCGUCACGGCUCUCAGCUCCUUCGAGUUGGAUAUCACCAUUCCAAUGAUUGGUGGCAAGGUGCAUGGCUCUUUGGCGCGUGCCGGCAAGGUUAAGGGCCAGACCCCAAAGGUUGAGAAGCAGGAGAAGAAGAAGAAGAAGACGGGACGUGCAAAGCGCAGGAUUCAGUACAAUCGCCGUUUCGUAAACAUUGUCCAAGGCUUCGGUCGUCGUCGUGGCCCCAACGCCAACUCAACGUAAAGUGUGGAUCCUAAAAGGGAGAUGAUGAUGAUGAUUUGAACAGUGGCAAGCUGAGCUAAUUUUUAUUGCAAAAUAAUAACCAUAAAUACACUGUUCAUAAUAGUAAUUUUCAUUAAUUAAAUCCAACUUAUUUUA